GGGCUGGUGAGGUGAACCCCUCAUCCUGGGUCUUUUAAUUUCUCAGGCGGAACGAGUGGCGGUGGCCAGAGGCCUUUGGCUGCUCUGUCUGUGAGUUGUCUGGGCUUGGGGAACUGGGCACGGAGACCGUGGCGCCGGGCGCCGGUCAUACCAGUCGUCGGGCAAAAAGCUGAGGCGCUUCUCCUUUAAUUGCGGUGGGCGGGGCGUGCCGACGCGGCCCGCGUUGCUAUUGGUGGCCGUUGGGGGCGCGGAAACUGAACGGGCCGCAACGGCCACCGCAGCUGCCUUCGGCGCCGCCAGCCCAGCCAUGGCUGCGCCCUGUGCGGAGGACCCCUCGCUGGAAAGGCAUUUUAAGGGCCACCGAGAUGCAGUUACCUGUGUGGACUUCAGUAUCAACACAAAGCAGCUGGCCAGUGGCUCCAUGGACUCAUGCCUCAUGGUCUGGCACAUGAAGCCGCAGUCACGCGCCUACCGCUUCACUGGCCACAAGGAUGCCAUCACCUGUGUGAACUUCUCUCCUUCGGGACACCUGCUUGCUUCCGGCUCCCGAGACAAGACUGUCCGCAUCUGGGUACCCAAUGUCAAAGGUGAGUCAACUGCGUUUCGUGCACACACAGCCACAGUGAGGAGUGUCCACUUCUGCAGUGAUGGCCAGUCCUUCGUGACAGCCUCUGACGACAAGACAGUCAAAGUGUGGGCAACUCAUCGCCAGAAAUUCCUGUUCUCCCUGAGCCAGCACAUCAACUGGGUCCGCUGUGCCAAGUUCUCCCCCGACGGGCGGCUCAUCGUGUCUGCCAGUGAUGACAAGACUGUUAAGCUGUGGGACAAGAGCAGCCGGGAAUGUGUCCACUCGUAUUGUGAGCAUGGCAGCUUUGUCACCUACGUGGACUUCCACCCCAGUGGGACGUGCAUUGCCGCUGCCGGCAUGGACAACACAGUGAAGGUGUGGGACGUGCGGACUCACCGGCUGCUGCAGCAUUAUCAGUUGCACAGUGCAGCAGUGAACGGGCUCUCUUUCCACCCGUCGGGAAACUACCUGAUCACAGCCUCCAGUGACUCAACCCUGAAGAUCCUGGACCUGAUGGAGGGUCGGCUGCUCUACACACUCCACGGGCAUCAGGGACCAGCCACCACUGUUGCCUUUUCAAGAACGGGGGAGUAUUUUGCUUCUGGAGGCUCUGAUGAACAAGUGAUGGUUUGGAAGAGUAACUUUGAUAUUGUUGAUCAUGGAGAAGUCAUGAAAGUGCCGAGGCCCCCAGCCACACUGGCCAGCUCCAUGGGGAAUCUGACAGUCUCCAUCCUGGAGCAGCGGUUAACACUGACAGAAGACAAGCUGAAGCAGUGUCUGGAGAACCAGCAGCUAAUAAUGCAGAGAGCAACACCGUGAUCAGGGGAGCAAGAAUCAGGAGCUCGGUUGAUUUGCGGGUGGCAGGCCAGGGAUUUGUACUGUGGGACUUGGGUAAAUAAAGGGGACUGAACUCUGUGGGAAUCACAUCCAUACCGGAGCCCUGGAUUUUUGCAGUUCUGCCCUCCACCUUGCUAUCUGCACCAGGAGGCUCUCCACCUGGCAGCCAGAGGUCCCCAGUGGGCCGGGCUCACACACAAAUGAUGCUUCAGACCCAACCGAGAGGACUACAUUUUGCUUAAUGUAAAGGAGCCACUUGAAAAUGUCUGCUCCCUCGGGGUCCUCUGGAGGAGGUGGCCCCACGAUGCCUUGAUUUUCACUCAUCAUUUGGACACGCGACUGGCUUUUCCUACCUCUGCCAUGGCGUAGCAAUUGACUGCACAUUGAUUGGAUGAGCCGGGGGUUUUCUCUAAAUCUGACUAAAGGCCCAAAGUGCGCCCAUCUGAGUCAGGUUUGUUGGGAACAAGCCCUCUCAAGUGGGUGGUGGCUUUUCAGUGGCCCUGAUUUCUGUUCCACAUGUGUUCACUGGAGCCAGGUGACUUCCUCCUUGCGUGAGUGAGGGCACAGGAAUCUCGAAAUUAAACCUGACUUCAUUGCA